GAAGGGGCGGGGCCCGCCUGGGCUCCUCCCCGGUCGGAGCCCGGAGCUAGGGGGCAGAGCGCGCCCGGCGCUGGUUAAAGAGGCGCGCGGAGGCGGGCGCGGCGCAUACUGCUAGUGGCGCGCGGAGGAGCGACGCGUGGAGAAGCGGCCCACGUGUCUGUCCAGAGUCGUCCUGUGUUCUUCCCGCUCCUUACGCAUCCGCGGUCCAGGGCGCCCUUUCAGCCCCGCUGGUGUUCGCCCACCCCGGGCCGCGUGAGUGGGGCCCCACGCAGCUCCCCGCACUCCGUGGGCCAACUUGGCCAAGCAACUUUGUCCGGGGAGCGGUGCUUGCGGGGGGAGUACCGGGCACUGCGCAUGCGGAGCUCCAAAUUCAAACAGCUGUUUUCAGAGGCUGGAGGGCGGGCGGACUGGUAGCAGCUGGGGCUAGGAGAGGCUUUCUCUAGGAGGCGGCCGCUCGGGAGCCAUGGUGGACCGGGGCCCUCUGCUCACCUCGGCCAUCAUCUUCUACCUGGCCAUCGGGGCGGCGAUCUUCGAAGUGCUGGAGGAGCCGCACUGGAAGGAGGCCAAGAAAAACUACUACACACAGAAGCUGCAUCUGCUCAAGGAGUUCCCGUGCCUGGGUCAGGAGGGCCUGGACAAGAUCCUAGAGGUGGUAUCUGAUGCUGCAGGACAGGGUGUGGCCAUCACAGGGAACCAGACCUUCAACAACUGGAACUGGCCCAAUGCAAUGAUUUUUGCAGCAACCGUCAUUACCACCAUUGGAUAUGGCAAUGUGGCUCCCAAGACCCCCGCCGGUCGCCUCUUCUGCGUCUUCUAUGGUCUCUUCGGGGUGCCACUCUGCCUGACGUGGAUCAGUGCCCUGGGCAAGUUCUUCGGGGGACGUGCCAAGAGACUAGGGCAGUUCCUUACCAAGAGAGGCGUGAGUCUGCGGAAGGCGCAGAUCACGUGCACAGUCAUCUUCAUCGUGUGGGGCGUCCUAGUCCACCUGGUGAUCCCACCCUUCGUAUUCAUGGUGACCGAGGGGUGGAACUACAUCGAGGGCCUCUACUACUCCUUCAUCACCAUCUCCACCAUCGGCUUCGGUGACUUUGUGGCCGGUGUGAACCCCAGCGCCAACUACCACGCCCUGUACCGCUACUUCGUGGAGCUCUGGAUCUACUUGGGGCUGGCCUGGCUGUCCCUUUUUGUCAACUGGAAGGUGAGCAUGUUUGUGGAAGUCCACAAAGCCAUUAAGAAGCGGCGGCGGCGACGGAAGGAGUCCUUUGAGAGCUCCCCACACUCCCGGAAGGCCCUGCAGGUGAAGGGAAGCACAGCCUCCAAGGACGUCAACAUCUUCAGCUUUCUUUCCAAGAAGGAAGAGACCUACAACGACCUCAUCAAGCAGAUCGGGAAGAAGGCCAUGAAGACAAGCGGGGGUGGGGAGACGGGCCCGGGCCCAGGGCUGGGGCCUCAAGGCGGUGGGCUCCCAGCACUUCCCCCUUCCCUGGUGCCCCUGGUAGUCUACUCCAAGAACCGGGUGCCCACCUUGGAAGAGGUGUCACAGACACUGAGGAGCAAAGGCCACGUAUCAAGGUCCCCGGAUGAGGAGGCUGUGGCACGGGCCCCUGAAGACAGCUCCCCUGCCCCCGAGGUGUUCAUGAACCAGCUGGACCGCAUCAGCGAGGAAUGCGAGCCAUGGGACGCCCAGGACUACCACCCACUCAUCUUCCAGGACGCCAGCAUCACCUUCGUGAACACGGAGGCUGGCCUCUCAGACGAGGAGACCUCCAAGUCCUCGCUAGAGGACAACUUGGCAGGGGAGGAGAGCCCCCAGCAGGGGGCUGAAGCCAAGGCGCCCCUGAACAUGGGCGAGUUCCCCUCCUCCGACGAGUCCACCUUCACCAGCACUGAGUCUGAGCUCUCUGUGCCUUACGAACAGCUGAUGAAUGAGUACAACAAGGCUAACAGCCCCAAGGGCACAUGAGGCAGGGCCGGCUCCCCACCCCACCUUUGAUGGCCUCUUCCCCCCUCACCCUAGGGUGUCCCGAGAUGACCGGGACGCCUGGCCCCUGGUGGGGGGGCAGCCUCGGAACUGGGAGUGGGGGGCCAGGGGCCUUCCUAACCUUCCAUCAUCCCCAGCUAGAUGUAUGCCCGGGACAGGGCCUCUGUUCUCCAGCUGAACCAUACCCUGGCUGUGGGGGCAUCUGUCCUGAGCUUGGCUGGUGUAUCUCACAAUGCAAAGACAUGCUGGCUGGCGGGACAGGUGGGCAGGACUGACCCUGAGGAGGCCUUGCCUGCAGGGUCUUUGCCCCACCAUUUGGUGGAGUAUCACACGGUUCUCUGAGGUCCGGGGCCUCAGCUGUUUAAGUUUACCGGUAUUACUGAGCUCGGCAUUUGGAGAGGGAGCUCUGAAGUGUCUGGGGAGGUACCGCUGUGCGUGGGGUCAGGUGUUUCCGUACCACAGCAGGAGCAGGGCCCACCCCCAUCCCAGCUGUGGGCCUGCCGGUCAGGUCGGGCACCUACUACAAACCGUAGUGGGGUGGAGGCUGCUGGAGGUGGGAGUGAGGAGAUGAGGGCAGGGGCUCAAACAGUCCUGACUCACAGGGCCUGGAAACAAGUCCUAUGUGGGCCUGGGGCCUGGGGUCCUCAUCCUCCUUGUUGGUCUACUCAGGCCCAGCCCAGAGCCGUGUUCCCUGUCUCAGGUCAAGCAGUGGCAGACGCAAGGCUUUCUUUGGGCCCCCGAGUGGUAGGAGGGAGAGUAGCAGAGCAUGGGUUACUGGAAGCCGGGACUGCUAGGGCUGGUGGCCAGGGAGCUGCAAGAGUGAGGCUCAGCUCUGGCUGGUUCUGCCCUUACCCCUCCUGCCCGCCGGAGAACUGCACACCCUGCCCCCUGGCCCCAGGACCUGCACUCCCAAUCCUGCUGUCUUCUCCUUCCCUGUGCCCUGAACAAGGACCUCACUGCCCGCCUUCCCCUCCCACCAGCCCCCUUGGGCCAGGCAGGGUGAGGCCAAAUUGCUCUUGGCCCACAAAUGGGCGAUGGUCAGAUAUGUGAAUCAAGCUCCUUUCUCUAGCUAGUGUUUGAUGUGCACGUGUGUGUGCGCAGUGCGUGUGUGCACACGCACACCUGUGCACUCGUGUGUGUUUAAGAAAGGAAAGGAUUUGGGCUGGGGAGCAAAAGAUAAUGUGAAACUGUUGGUGGACUCUCUGGUGAGGGGUGGGCAGAACUUGCUGCUACUAGAGUUCUUGGGUUCUCCAUGAUGUUCACCCUGGGGCUGGCCCACUGUGUCCUGAAUGUUUUUGUUAUUUUUUGUUUUAUUUUUUAAACAAACUGCUGUUUUUAUAUACCUGGAAUCUGUUGUUGGCUUCAGAGCCAGUGGUUAAAGAGCAGGGUCCCAAGGAUUGGGAGGUCCAGUGUCUGCCCUCCUGCCCUACAACUCAAUUGGGCCUUUUUCGGUGACCUCAUCCAAGGCCAUGAUGUCAAGGGCCAUGUCCCCAAGCAGAGGUGGAGAAGGGGACAGUGAGGUGAGCAAAAGCAGGAAGGGGCAUCCACUGCGGGUGACUGGAGGCCGGGCAGGAAGCAAGUCAUCAGAGCCGCCCAGCUCCCUUCUCUCUCUGCCUUCUGCCCCACUACUGUGGGGCAGUGGGGCCAGAGCCCACCUCCUCAACAUGUGAAGACAGUGAUGGGCACGUGCCCACACCCCCACUUCUCUAGCCGUUUGCAGAGGCUGCCACCCAGCAGGGGCCUGAAAAGGAACAGCCUCGUAUUUUUCUGUGAAAUGUUUUAAUGAACCCAUGUUGUUGCUGGUUGUCCUGGCAUCGCACACACUGUAUGUACGUACUGGCAAUGAUGUCAAAUGUAAUUUAUUUUAACAUUUUUACAAUAAAACAUGAGGUGGACAGGCCA